CACAUCGUUACACAGAUUUAAUAAGCCUUCUUGGGCAAACACUAAAGCUAAAAGAUGGGCAAUAGAUCCGUGGGAAAUUGGCAAAGGCUACCUCCCACGGGAUGGAUAUAUCAGCGUAUCUUCUGUGCAGGCAUCUGACUUUAAUGGUGUGAUAAGCAUCAUGUUGAACUGCACUAAUUUCCAGACAUGCGUCUCCACCGCAUGUCUAUCACCGCCUCCUCCUGAUAAGCAAUGCCCGCUAGAAAAGGUCCGUCAAAUAGGCAGAGAUGUACGCCACACUGCCAACUGCAAGGUUACAGAUGCUGAUCUGCAGUACUUCUUCCUGACACUGUCCACCUUACUGGCUGAUCCGAUCUGCUUAGUGCAUGAUCCCUCAGCAACAGAAGCGCGCAGGAAACUCAGUGAUUUGCAGAAUGAUCGUAUUUCACUUGAAGAUUUGGGCAAGCUGUUAAUAGAAGCCAAUCAGAUCCUCACACAGACAAAAGAGGCUGGAGAACGUUUUUCUGAAGAGGCUGAAAAGACUCUGAAAGAAGGUCUGGAUGCUUUAGAGGCUAAAAUUCAGGCUGGAGAACAAAGCAUUGAAAACAAGACACAAGAAAGUAUCAACCGCAUAAAGCAAGCAGCGAAUGAAAAAGAGCUUGACGAAUACGAUCGAGGCGUAGCAGGUUUGUCUUUAUAAUAAAUUGUGGUUAUAACCUAUUUGCACACUUGAAAAACAAUUAACUACCAAGCUGACAAAUCCGUUCAACUUAUAAAGAAACUGUAUGUGUUAUGUUGAUAACAACCGUGCUUCUAAGACAAAUAUCCUACUAUUUAAUCGAAUAUAUCAGUUAUACUGACAUAGACAUCCAACUGUU